AUGAUUUAUUCUAGAUUAGAUUUAUUUUCUUCUCAUUUCUCAUUUAACACGGGUAAUUAGUAAAAUAGAAGAGGAACUUUGUUUGGAACUAUCCUUUCCUUAUGUGUUUUUGUAAUAACGAUAUCUUACUUUAUAUACAUCAUCUAACAAUAUACAAAUAAUCAAAUAGAACCAACUUUUAGAUCAUAAAGUUUCAUUAAUAAUGAUUUAAUUGAAGUUCCAUUAAGCAGUGAUUUAGUAGGAUUUAGAUUUGAAAACGGUAAUGCUAGUUUGUAAUAAAUUUCAUCUAAUAAAACCUAUAUAGUUUACUUAGCCUUCUUUUUUUAUAACUCACCAAAUAAUAAUUAAUUUAUACCUCUUGAAGUGAUUGAUUGCACUAAUCCUGAUCUUUUGGGAUUUAAAUGCUUAGAUUUCAAUAAAGUAUCCAAUUAUACGCUUUCUCUUGACACAAAAAAUAAUCAGAAAUCAUCAAUUCAGAUUCUUACUUAUGGUUGUCUUGAUAUUGACUCUUUAAAAACUACAAUACCUGAUAAUUGUGCUGAAUAAACUGAAAUCGAUUAGAUGAUCAAUAAUAUCAAUUCUGUUUUAAGAUACAAAUUGUAUACUUCUUAGUAUAAUACAACUUCAUAAAGUGUGUAAGUUAACUAUAGAAAUGCUUACAUCUACACAAUAGCAAGUUAAUCAAUAAUAACUUAAUUAAAAACAUAAAAAUAAAAUACUUCAAUCAAAUAAGGAUUAAUUGUUUAAUCAUAAUCUUCUUUUUCUUCUCCAAUUUAAUAUAGCUAAUAAGAUUUAGGCUAUGAUAAAUAAUAUGCUCUUAAUAAUGUAGGAGCUGGUGCGUAUAGUGUAGCCUUGUUAUUAGUAGAUGAAAUAGUUUAAUAAAUAUAAAUUUAAUAUCCUACUUUACCUUAAGUUUUUGCACUAGUCAAUAGCAUAUUUACACUGAUGAUGUUUUUGGGUAUUUUUGGAAGAAUGGUCUCAUAAAACUCUAUUUAAAAGGAUUUUUUCUUACUCUUCUUAAAGAACAUAUAUUAGGAUAAUUACUUACAAAUUUUGAAGAAGAUUAACAUUUAAUAAAAAUAAAAAAAGGAUAUCAAAUUAAACUCAAAUCAAGAUGAUUUAGAGGAGUAAAAAUAAUAAAAUGACCUAGAUAAAAAGGAUGAUUAAGAAAGAGAUAAUGAUUAAGUAAUUUUUGUUCCAAAUUUCAGUAAUAAGCAAAAGGUGUCCAUAGAGUUUGAGCAGUAAGAUAACAUGACUUAAAAUAAUUACAUUGACAAUUAACCAAAUAAUGAGAAUAAUUUAAAAAAAACUCAAAACUUAUAAACCGAUUAAGUUAAUUAUACUUAAACGUAUGCUGAUUAAAAGUUUUAAGAAAAGUAAAACUCAAGCGGAAAUACGUUUUCAGAAAUAGAUUCUGUUGUUUAAGGAGUUUUUACUAGCAAGUAAAAGAGUUUGCAAAAAGAUCUCAUUUCUCCUUCUUUUUCUUAUAAUACUAGCUUUAUAAAAACUAAUUUUAAUAGGCAGAGUAACCAGUCUUCGCAAUAUGCAAAAGAAAAAAUUCAGCUUUAAACUGAGAAGAAUCAGAUAUAAUUGAUAGCAGAUUUGAAGGCUAUUCAUAAUACAAGUAAUUAAAAGGCUAUCUAUGACGAAAUGUUUAAUAUAAAUUUCUUGAAAAAAGAAUAAAUCAAAGAUCUACAAAGCAUAUAAUUCUAAAAAAUAUAAUACUAAAUAAAGAAGGAGCUAAAUAUUUUAAAUUUUUUAAAAGAUAUAAUCAUGUUAAAAAAAGCUGUUAUGAUGCUAUUAACAAAGGAGCAGCUGGCAGCUCUUUAGAUUGUUGGCUGUUCUUCAAGCUUUUUGGAGCUAAACUUAAGUAGUGAAGACCUUAACAUAGACGAAUUAGAAAAAAGUAAACGAAUUAGUCACUAUGAAAUUCAAUAUGCAAUUCUUCAAUCUCAUAGAAUUUAGUAAUAGCAAAUAGAAAAUUUUAUAUAAAGAAGUAAUUAAAACGAAGAAAUGAGUAUUGUUGAUAAGAGGAUUUUAUCUUCUAUAAAAAAAUGCCAUUAAAUUUGA